AGAAGCAAAAGAAGAUGAAGCCAAAGGACGCAUGUCACUUGAGCGACAUUACGGUUUUUUAAAGGGUUAGUUUGUGUGUGAGAUUGACGUGUGGUAGAACACGAUGUAAAACAUGGAUGAAGUCAUGAAGGUCAUGAAGUCUGGGAGUUCUUAACUGGUUAGUUUUGUGUGUGUGAGGUUGACGUAUGAUAAAAGACAAUAUAAAACAUGGAAGAAGUCGUGAGGCUUGAACAUUUAUCAUUGGUAUCUAAAAUUUGUACCGAACUUGAAAAUCAUCUGGGUUUAAAUGACAAGGAUUUAGCGGAAUUUAUAAUUCAUCUUGCUGAGAAGAAUGACACCUUUGAAACCUUCAAGAAUGUCCUUGUAGAGAAUGGAGCUGAAUUUUCGGAUUCAUUUAUUGCAAACCUGCUGCGUAUUAUUCAGCACAUGAAACCUAAGCAUCAAAAAGAAUCGUCACCUCAGUCACGAAAUGAAAAGGACAGGCUUGCAGAAAAGUUUCCUGGUCUAGCAAUACCAAAUGAUCCAAAGUGUCAGUCACAUAAUGCAGAGAAGGAAAAAAAAGAGAAAAAGAAGUCAUCAGCACAAGAUGAUAUUGUGAGUGAUUUAAUGGCAGAACUGGAAGCCCUAGCACCAUCACAAAUAAGUACUUCAAGAAUAAAGCUGGAACCAAGCUCUCAUAGUGGCAGUAAGUGCGAAGCCUCAGUACCUGAAGGAACAGUGGACCCAUCAAGGAAAAAGAAACGUAGAAGAAGCCACAGUCAGGAAAGAGAAGAUGAUUUUGAGAUCAAAAGGAAGAGGAGAAGCCGCAGCCUAGACAGACAUAGGAAGAGCAGGAGUAGGAGUCGAGAGAAAGCAAGAGGGAGGAGUAGAAAUAAUGACAAAAACAGGGAGAAAAGAAGCAGAAGUAGAGAAGGAAAUAGAGAUAGAAAUAAGGAAAAGAGGAACAGAAGCAGAGAGAGGGACAGAAGUUUGGAAAGAAGAGAGAGAAGGAACAGGAGUAACAGCAGGGAAAAGAGAGGAAGGCCAAGAGAUCGGAGUGCUAGUCCCAGUGAUAAAAGAAAAUGUGAUUCAAGAAGUCGAGUCAGAGAUAAGAAGGUUGCAGAUGGAGUUGGAGAGCAGUUGGCAGCUACUGAACCCGAGAUUGGGAAGAUAUACUCAGGGAAGGUGGCAAAUAUUGUGCCUUUUGGUUGUUUUGUGCAGCUUGAAGGUCUUAGAAGACGCUGGGAGGGUUUAGUACACAUUUCACAGUUGCGACGUGAGGGCCGUGUUACCAAUGUUUCAGAUGUUGUUGCUCGUGGACACAAAGUUAAGGUGAAAGUUUUGUCAUUCACAGGUCAGAAAGUGUCACUUUCAAUGAAAGAUGUGAACCAAGACACAGGUGAAGAUUUAAAUCCAACAAGUAACAGUUUGUUAUUAGGAAAAGACAGGGAUGAAGAACAAGCUCAUCGCAAUCCAGAUCGCCCAACAUCCCUACUAGAGUUGCAGGGUUCAUUGGCUGAGGAAGAUGAGACCCAUAGUCGCAAACGUGUCCAUCGUAUCUCCUCGCCAGAGAAGUGGGAAAUAAAACAGAUGCUGUCAGCAGCUUGUAUUGACAAAUCAGAACUGCCAGACUUUGAUGAUGAGACUGGUCUGCUGCCAAAGGAAGAGGAUGAGGAAGAAGACAUAGAGAUUGAAAUGGUGGAAGAUGAACCUCCAUUUCUGCAAGGUCAUGGUCGUAUGUUACAUGAUCUUAGUCCAGUAAGAAUCGUCAAGAACCCAGAUGGCUCUUUGGCACAGGCAGCUAUGAUGCAGAGUGCUUUGGCAAAGGAGCGUAGAGAAGUGAAGAUGCUCCAGCGAGAGCAGGAGAUGGAUUCUAUUCCUACUGGACUCAAUAAGAAUUGGAUUGAUCCAUUGCCCGAAGCUGAUGGCAGAACCUUAGCUGCUAACAUGCGUGGCAUUGGACUGACCAACCAGGAUCUUCCAGAAUGGAAAAAGCAUGUGAUUGGUGGAAAGAAGAGCUCAUUUGGUCGAAAAACAGAUAUGACACUGCUAGAACAGCGGCAGAGUUUACCUAUAUACAAACUGAAAGAUGAGCUUACUAAGGCUGUAACAGAUAAUCAGAUCCUUAUUGUAAUUGGUGAAACGGGAUCAGGAAAAACAACCCAAAUAACACAGUAUCUAGCAGAAGCAGGGUUCACGAGUCGUGGGAAGAUUGGAUGUACACAGCCAAGGAGGGUUGCCGCUAUGUCAGUAGCAAAGCGUGUAGCAGAAGAAUUUGGUUGUCGACUUGGACAAGAAGUUGGUUACACAAUCCGUUUUGAAGAUUGUACAAGUCCAGAGACUGUCAUCAAGUACAUGACAGAUGGCAUGUUACUCCGUGAAUGCCUAGUGGAUCUUGAUCUGAAGUAUUACUCUGUUAUCAUGUUGGAUGAGGCUCAUGAAAGAACUAUACAUACAGAUGUUUUGUUCGGAUUGUUAAAACAGGCCGUGAAAAAGCGACCUGAACUGAAACUGAUUGUGACGUCAGCAACAUUAGAUGCAGUGAAAUUUUCACAGUAUUUCUUUGAAGCUCCAAUAUUUACAAUCCCAGGACGAACUUUUCCAGUUGAAGUUCUCUAUACCAAGGAACCUGAGACAGAUUAUCUCGAUGCCUCACUUAUUACAGUCAUGCAGAUUCACUUGAGAGAACCUCCAGGUGACAUCCUGUUGUUCCUGACGGGUCAAGAGGAAAUUGACACAGCGUGUGAAAUUCUGUAUGAGCGUAUGAAAUCAUUGGGUCCGGAUGUCCCUGAGCUGAUUAUUCUGCCGGUGUAUUCAGCUCUUCCCAGUGAGAUGCAGACUCGAAUUUUUGAGCCAGCUCCACCUGGUUCGCGGAAGGUUGUGAUAGCAACAAAUAUUGCAGAGACAUCUCUCACUAUUGAUGGAAUAUACUAUGUGGUGGAUCCCGGUUUUGUGAAACAGAAAGUUUACAACUCCAAAACUGGCAUGGACUCUUUGGUUGUGACCCCCAUUUCACAGGCCCAAGCAAAGCAGCGUGCAGGCCGUGCCGGACGCACAGGGCCAGGCAAAUGCUAUCGUCUGUAUACAGAACGUGCAUACAGGGAUGAAAUGCUGCCCACACCAGUGCCAGAGAUUCAGCGCACCAAUCUUGCCACAACUGUUCUUCAGCUUAAGACAAUGGGCAUAAAUGAUCUGAUUCAUUUUGAUUUUAUGGAUGCCCCUCCUGUAGAAAGUCUUAUUAUGGCUUUGGAGCAACUACAUUCUUUGAGUGCUCUUGAUAAUGAAGGUCUUUUGACAAGGCUUGGCCGAAGGAUGGCCGAGUUUCCUUUGGAGCCCAACUUAUCAAAGAUGCUCAUCAUGUCAGUCCAUCUGAACUGUUCAGAUGAAGUCCUCACAAUUGUAUCCAUGCUUUCUGUGCAGAAUGUUUUCUACAGACCCAAGGACAAGCAAGCUCUAGCUGAUCAAAAGAAGGCAAAAUUCAAUCAACCAGAAGGGGAUCAUCUUACCUUACUUUCUGUGUACAAUUCAUGGAGAAACAACAAGUUUUCAAAUGCUUGGUGCUACGAGAAUUUUGUUCAGAUACGGACACUGAAACGUGCUCAAGAUGUAAGGAAACAGUUACUUGGAAUUAUGGACAGGCAUAAGCUUGAUGUUGUGUCAGCUGGUAAGAAUACUGUGAGGAUCCAGAAGACUGUGUGUUCGGGGUUCUUUCGAAAUGCAGCCAAGAAAGAUCCUCAAGAAGGCUAUAGAACGCUAGUAGACAGUCAGGUGGUUUAUAUACAUCCUUCCAGUGCACUAUUUAACCGUCAACCUGAGUGGGUAAUCUACCAUGAACUAGUUCAAACUACAAAGGAAUACAUGCGAGAAGUAACGACCAUCGAUCCAAAGUGGAUUUUGGAAUUUGCUCCAGCUUUCUUUAAAUUCUCAGAUCCAACAAAGCUGAGUAAAUUUAAGAAGAAUCAGCGUCUGGAGCCACUUUACAACAAAUAUGAAGAGCCAAAUGCGUGGAGAAUAUCACGAGUUCGCAGGCGAAGGAACUAGUGUGAGAAAUGAAUAUAAAGUGAAGUUUUGGUGUAAAAGGGAAAUAAAUAGCACAUUAUUAUUGUAUUUUGUUUGGAAAGAACAAAAACGGUUUUAAAUAUUCAGUAGCACAUGUAUUGUUACUUGAUGUUUAUUUUCAUGAUAAACCUAUGCAGGAUCA